AUGAAUGCGUUCGCGACGGCGUUGCGGCGGGGGGCCGCGCCGACCUCUCUUCUGCCACGCAGAGGCAUCGACGAGCUCUGGAAGGGCGGCUACCUCGAUCCCGCCAUCGGGGCAAAGCAGAAGGAGGCGAACGCGGUGUCGGGAGACGCGUGGCCUGCGUGUUUGUUGCGGCUGAAGUCUUUCGAGGACCUCCACAAACUCUGGUACAUUUGCCUGAAGGAGAAAAACCUGUUGAUGGGCGAGCGCUGGGCAGCUCGCCAGCAUAAGCAAGACAUGAAGGAACCCGAGCGCUUGCAGAAGGUGCGCCGAACGAUGCGGCGCAUUCUCAUCGUGUUGACCAAGCGUGAGAUCCAGCAGCAGUGCCUGCGGGCGCGAGACAUUCUGGCGAAGCAGCAGAAACGCGAGGCGCUCGAGACCCGCAGGUUUCAGCUCGAAGAGAAAAUGCUGCAGCUGGAGCACCGCAUUCGGCGGAUGGAGCCGGCGCAGUCACUCAUGAAGGAAGCCUGGCAAGCGACUCUCGACCGGUACCGCGCAGAUCACGAAGACAUUCUGAUUCAGCUGCAUCCGUUGCGAAAAGAGACGACGCAGCUGCUCGCACCCGACUGGCGGUAUGAGCGCAAGUACUCUGAUUUGCCAGGACCGAUUCGGUGGAAAAAGCAGUAUAUCCCUGCGCUGGAGGAUCAGUAUCGUAAACCCAUUCGAUUCCACUAA